CGCGUAAAGGGCUGCGACUGUUGACGACUUUGAAUUGAACUAAUUCCAUAUAGACUGAAACGGAUAUAAAAUGCUUAAAAUUACAGUACUUGUUCUCAUGUGUGCUGCCGCAGAGGCGAAAGUUGCACUACCGGAGAGGAUAAUAUUUCGCAAGGAUCACACCUUCGAUAGUAAUUGCACUUUACCGAAUGGUCAAAAGGGUGUCUGCCGAAGUUUUAUGGAUUGUGGAACUGCAGUGGCGAAGAGAAAUGAAAACAAAACCUGCUAUUUUGAAGGCACCGAACAGUUUGUUUGUUGUCUUGUGCCAAGGCCAUCAGAAAUAGCUUGCUCCCAAUACUUCCCUUUCUAUCGGGUAGAAGUAAUUAACGGUUUGAUAACGGCAUUCAAUGAAUUUCCUUAUAUGGUUGCUCUUGGCUGGAUUACAACGAAGCCAAAGGUUUAUGAUUACAAAUGUGGUGGCGCCUUGAUAAGCUAUAAAUGGGUUCUAACCGCAGCGCAUUGUGCCAGCGUCGGUGGUAAAGAGCCGUCUGUCGUUCUCUCAGGUGGUGUCGAGUUGACAGAUACCAAAUUUCCGCCAACGCCAAUCGAAAAUAUUAUUAUACAUCCAAAAUAUGAACCGAAAAUAUCGUACCAUGACAUUGCGCUCAUAAAACUGACAGAAGUGCCACGUGAGACCGAGCCAGCUUGUAUUGGCGAUCAUUUACCCUUAAUUAGUCUAAAUGCGACCGCUGUUGGAUAUGGACACACCGUUUUCGGCGGCAAACCAUCUAAUCAGCUUCUUAAAGCUUAUUUGCAAACUAUUGAGACAGUUCUCUGCCAAUUUUAUUUCACUGAUCAGGAUGCGCUGCCAAAUGGACUGAUGGAUACACAGUUGUGUGCAAAAGAUUUGCAAUUUAAUAGAGACACUUGUCAAGGCGACUCUGGCGGUCCGCUGGUAAUAACUAGAAAUAAUGGGUAUAAAGCAGAAUCUUUUGUGAUUGGUGUCACCUCGUUUGGUUUGGGCUGCGCCACAGAUGCUCCAGGGAUUUAUACAAAUGUAGCGAAAUAUUUAGAUUGGAUUGAGCCCAUAUUAUGGCCAGAUUUUAUAAGAAAGAAUGAAGGCUAAGCGUACUAAUUAGUGUAGUUUACGAGAAGGAAGGCAAUGGUUUCAAACUGGGUUUUAUUGUCGUGAAAAUUUAUGAUUAAAAUAUACCUACUUAAUUCUGAUCAAAUUAAUAUGAUAAAUAUAGCUAAUACCACUAAUUAAAAAACUUUAA